GCGUAUUUUGGGCGGGAAACUGAAGGCGCGUGAUGGACACACGCGCGCGCAAUCCGCAAAGCCAGGUCGCCUCGGCGUUGCCGCUGACUGCCCGCGAGGAGUCCCCUCGGUCGUGUCGAGCAGGAAGGGUCGCGAGGAAAAACCUCCCCGAGUUCGGUCGCCAAGCGUCUUCCUUUAGCACACAGCGCGAAGGGGAGGGUCCCGCAAUGGCCUCCCCCUCCCCGUCGUCGUCGUCCCCGGCCGCGAGCCCCAGCGGCAGGAAGGUGAGGGACGUGGCCGCCGAUUGGCACAACGCCAUCGCCAAGUGGGACCGCCUCGUCGUCGACUCGGGCUUGGCACUCGCCUCCAGGGUGGCCAACUCCCGGCUCGCGGCACCGAAGGAGGACGAUUCUGCGCCGACUGCGGAAGCAGCAUCGGCCGCGGAAUCAACACGAUCCCAGGAACUGGAGAGAGACUGCGACCAACUCAUCGAGGUGUGGGAGAAGUUGAGGGGACUGCUGCAAACGAUGGAGAAGCUGACGUCGACGCUGCAGGCCGUGUGUGACCUGGAGUGGUACCAGAACAAGCAAGCUUGGAGGCCAACGCCGCUCUUCCGUUCUUGGCCGACAACAACCUUCUCUACCAGCGGCAGAAGACGGCGACCAUCAGCUUGGCAAGGGACAGCUCGACAAGAAGACACAGCAGCUCGGAAGAGGACAGCAAGCCAGCUCCGGAGCAUGGCCUCGAGAUCAACAAUGCAUGUGGUGCAUCGCAGAGAAGAGGGGCGAGGUGAUGCUCUGUGCAGAUAUAAAUAAAGAAAGACUUGUGUCUUUAUUUGUAUCUGUGUCGGCUGAACAGCUCCACGCUCCUCCAUUUGUAUAUUAACCGUUCCGUUCUUCUCUGCGCGGUGUGUGUUGACUCCGUCCCGCGCACGGCUCGCUCUCUCUCCCAGCUCCUGCGCAUCGCUGGCUGACGGCGCGCAAGGAGGCAACCCUCGGACCGCCACGUGGCCGCUGGCGUUCCGAAGGCGCGAGACGUGGUCCCGCUUCCAGACUUCCCACACUGGCCUCGAGCCUCUUCCUGCUUCCCCUUAUAUCCCUCUCACGCGGAGCCAAGCCCCGCCUUUAGCCACGCCCCUUCUAGAACCUUCCCGAUGGUUCCCCGCGAGCACCCUUGAGCCCCGCCCCUGGACUUCGGCCCAGAUGAUCCCACUUAACCUGAUUGGCUUAUGGCUGACACAGCGGAGCCUAUCCAGCCGGUCGGCGACCGGCGGUGUACUCUCUUUAUUACAUCGGCACAAGACAAGCAGGACAGGGUUAACAAAACAAGGUUGGACUCGAGCGUCGAAUCGCGACCUCAAAGUCGUGACCAUUCAUCAGGUCGUGUGUGCGGGAAGGCAAAACAAAUCACAAAUAUUUAUACUGCAGGAGGAAUCCAAUGAGCUAUAAAGCUCUUUUUCACAUUUGUCCAGGAGUCCAAAUCACCGUUUGUGCGUUUGUUUACCCGCUCUACCCUGACCCGUCGCCCC